AGCCGUAUGGGAAACCUAUAUAAACCCAGCUAACAUUAUAAGCUGAUACUCCUUCCCUCUAAUCCCCUCUGAACGUCCUGCUGUGUGCUGAAAGCCAAAUUUAGACCUGCUGCCGGACUGAUGACUGAAUGCAAAUUGUUUCCAUUAGAUUGAAGGCAGUAACACCCCCACCUACCACACACAGGCGUCUUCACCUUCACAGAGGUCGCCACAAAGAGCCCGGCAAGAUGUCUGAGAAAAAGAUGUCGUCCAGCCGCAGGCAACAUCUGAAGAGCUUGUUGCUUCAGAUUGCUCAUGGCCUUUUAGAGGAAGAGGCAGCGGAGGCUGAGCAGGAAAAACAGAGAUACAUGGAUGAGAACUGCCCUGUACUCUCACUGCCUGGAAGUAUGCAGGAAAUACAGGAGCUGUGUAGGAAGUUGCACCAGCAGAUUGACGCUGUUGAUGAACAAAGAUAUGAUAUGGAGAGCAAAGUGACCAAGUCAAACAAAGAGAUUGAAGAUCUGAAGAUAAAGGUCCAGGACCUGAAAGGUAAAUUCAAGAAACCUGUUCUGAAGAAAGUGCGUAUGUCUGCUGAUGCCAUGCUGCAGGCCCUGCUGGGCUCCAAACACAAGGUGUCUCUGGAUCUAAGAGCCAACCUCAAACAGGUCAAGAAAGAGGUCAAGGAGGAGGAGAAGGAGGCAGUUGGAGACUGGCGUAAGAACAUCGAGGAUAAGGCUGGUAUGGAUGGCAGGAAGAAGAUGUUUGAGUCUGAGGCCUAAAUAUGUUUUUCUCAAAUACAUUUAAAUACAUUUACAUGAUUUAUUCGGUCAGGCUGUCUUAAUUUUUGUGGUCUUCAGGGUUUUGAGAGAUGGUAAUGCUAUCUAUUGUAUGAAGUGAUGUCACAGUUGGUUAUGUAUUGUAUAAAGGAGGUUUUGAUGUAUGUGAUGGUUGGUUUUGCAGCUGAGGCUUUAAUUUGUAAAACAAUAAUCUGACUUUGGGCCUUUGUAAUUAGACCAAAUAAAUAGAUAUUCAUCAAUAAAACCCAUUUAAAUACUCAAAACUGUACUGAGAGAGUUUGCUGGAAAAAAAAAAUUAAACUACAAAUCAUACAAUUUUGCUUUUUCAUUAUUUCACCAAA